AACAGAAAUGUUUUUAUGCAUAAAAGCAAUAAGAACUUUGCUCUACUCUCUUUUUUCUUCUUUCAGGACCUCAGCAGGUCAACUAACGUGGUGUACCAGGCGCACCAUGUCAGUCGGAACAAGAGAGGGCAGGUUGUAGGCACAAGGGGGGGCUUCAGAGGCUGCACCAUCUGGCUUACAGGUUUGUCUGGUGCUGGAAAAACGACUAUUAGUUUUGCCUUGGAAGAGUAUCUGGUAUCCCACGCCAUUCCCUGCUACUCGCUGGAUGGAGACAACAUUCGUCACGGCCUGAACAAGAAUCUGGGCUUUUCUGAUGAGGACCGAGAGGAAAACAUCCGACGUGUUGCCGAAGUGGCAAAACUUUUUGCUGACGCUGGUCUUGUUUGUAUUACCAGCUUCAUCUCACCAUUUACAAAGGACCGCGUCGAGGCAAGGAAGAUCCAUGAAAAUGCUGGGCUAAAGUUUUUUGAAGUUUUCGUCCACGCUCCCCUUGAAGUGUGCGAGAGCAGAGAUGUGAAAGGGCUUUACAAGAAGGCUCGCGCCGGAGAGAUUAAAGGUUUCACUGGGAUUGACUCGCAAUACGAGAGACCAGAGGCUCCAGAGCUUGUGCUGAAAACCGGAGAGCUCACUGUGAACGAAUGCAUUCAGCAGCUGCUUGAGCUGCUACAGGAUCAGAGCAUCGUACCAAGCGAAAUCAUGGAGGAGGUGAAUGAGCUCUUUGUUCCGGAGAACAAGCUGAAUCUUGCCAUGGCGGAUGCAAGCAUCCUGCCCACCAUCAGCAUCACCAAGCUGGAUCUCCAGUGGGUGCAGGUCUUAGCUGAAGGUUGGGCGAGUCCUUUGAAGGGCUUCAUGAGGGAAAGAGAGUUCCUCCAGGUCCUGCACUUUGGUAAUCUGCUGGACGGCGGGGCCAUCAACAUGUCUGUUCCUAUCGUGCUGCCUGUCAGCACUGAGAUCAAGCAGGAGCUGGACGGCAGUGCAGCCAUAGCUCUGGAGUACCAGGGCUCUCGUGUGGCUAUCCUCAGGAACCCAGAGUUCUACGCACACCGCAAAGAGGAACGCUGCGCCAGACAGUGGGGCACCACGUGUCCAGAGCACCCGUACAUUAAGAUGGUAAUGGAAGGAGGUGACUGGCUGGUGGGCGGUGACCUGGAGGUGUUGGAGCGAAUCAAAUGGAAUGACGGACUUGAUCAGUACCGUCUCACUCCUAAGGAACUGAAGCAGAAGUUCAAAGAUAUGCAAGCAGAUGCAAUCUUUGCAUUCCAGCUGCGCAAUCCAGUGCACAACGGUCAUGCCCUCCUCAUGCAGGACACCAAGCGGCGUCUCCUGGAGCGAGGUUACAAACACCCUGUCCUCCUACUCCACCCUCUGGGUGGUUGGACCAAAGAUGACGAUGUGCCUCUGAGCUGGAGGAUGAAGCAACAUGCUGCCGUCCUGGAGGAGGGCAUUCUGGAUCCAUCCAGCACCAUCGUGGCUAUCUUCCCCUCACCCAUGAUGUAUGCUGGACCUACAGAGGUGCAAUGGCACUGCAGAGCCAGGAUGAUUGCUGGUGCAAACUUUUACAUUGUUGGCCGAGACCCAGCCGGCAUGCCUCAUCCUACGAAGAAGGAGGAUCUGUAUGAACCCACACAUGGAGGAAAGGUACUCACCAUGGCCCCCGGCCUCACCUCUGUGGAGAUCAUCCCCUUCAGAGUUGCUGCCUACAACAAGACCAAGAAGGCCAUGGACUUUUACAGCCCCGAAUGUCAUGCAGAUUUCGAGUUCAUCUCUGGAACCAAGAUGAGGAACAUGGCUCGGAGUGGGAAUAACCCUCCAGAUGGCUUCAUGGCCCCCAAAGCCUGGAAGGUCUUGGUGGAGUACUACUCAUCUAUUCAGAAGAGCAACUAAUCAUUGCUCAGUCCACAGUCAAAUUAGUUUUACUCUUAAACUGGGGGCAAAUAUAUUUUACACUCUUUCCUUUUGGGGAUAUUUUAGGUGGGAGGGUUUUAUAUAAGCAAUGAGAUAUUCUUGCAAAGUGUUUUUGUUUGUUAUCUUCUGGCAUUUAUUGAAGUUAAAAAAUAUUUACAUUCCUAUGAAAGUGUACCAGUUUAUAAAUCCAUUAUGUUUUUAAAAGCAUAUUAACUUAUACUAUGUAUUUUAUUAAAUUAAAAAUAACCUAAGACUCCUUUUUAUAGGUUCAGAAGUGGGCUUAGUACUUGAAAUUAUGUUUUAAUAUCUCUGAAGGAAACAGGAUUUUUUUCAUAGAUUUUACAUUUGCAGCAUUUCAUAUGACUAUUAUACCAGAUGUUAGUUAUGAUCAAAGAGUGCUUUUGUUGCUACACACAAUGCCAGCCAGUGUAACAUAUGGCUGUUUUAUAUGAUGUGAAAAGUGCCUUUUUCCUGUCUUGUCAUCAAAAACUGUAACUAUUCAUUCUUGCUGUUUUGCUGUAGUUUCGUUGAGGCUUGAAUGACAUUAGGAUGUGGACUUGCUUGUGUAUUCAUGUGAUUAAAGUCUUGGUUUAAGCAAAGAGGAUGUUUGAGAUGUUCCAAUAAAAAAAAUCG